CCCAAUUCAUGGCUCUGAUGAAAACGUACUGUCCCUACUCACCGGAGGGGCAAUAAAAGGACUGCGCGCCGUGAAAGGCUUUCACUUCACUUCAGCUCACGGGAGGAUAGUUUUUCCACACACCUUGUUCAAAACGGUAUAGGAAGAUGGCCAACGUAGAGCAGAUCUUCAAGAAGUACGAUGUGAACCGUGACGGGCACAUGAGCACGGCGGAGCUGGAGGCCGCCCUGAAAGAGCUCAAGGUGGUUCCUACCAAAGGACUGAUCGAGGUCCUUAUGAAACAGUAUGACGUAGACGGUAACGGCCAGCUGGACCUACAGGAGUUCACGCGGCUGGUGGGAGACUUGAAACAUUUCGGCAGUGCCGACCCCCAAGAGCUGCUGGAGACCUUCCGAAAAAUCGACAAGGACGGCAGUGGGUUCAUCAGCCCAGAGGAGCUGAAGACCGGACUGAAGCACUUCUUCGGGGACGAGCCUGUGACGGACGAGAUCGUCCAGUGGGUCAUCGACGGUGCCGACAAGAACGCCGACGGUCGGAUCGACAUCGCCGAGUUCGCUCAGUACAUACACGUGCUGGAAAAGUGAACUGAAAUAACGUCUUUCAAAACUAUAGAAAACCAGAUUCUUUCAAGAUUUAACAACAAUUUCACACUGCAUGGUUAGAUCUAUGAGACAUCUAUACAGGUAUAGUACCUAUGAUAGUUAUACUAAGCAAACUCUACCCCAUUAGAUCACGAAUAUGAUGUAAUUAAAACAGUUUGGUACAGUAUGCAAGCGACAUGAAUGAUGUCUUUCACGACAAUUGAAAAACAACUCUAAAUAGCAUUUACAUGAUUUUAGUGGUAAAAAUUUUAGGAAGCCGAGGUAAUUUGACGGGGAAGUUUCUUAUUGCGUUUAUUCCUCUGUAUUUAAAGUUCAGGUCACGACAAAUGUUGGGUGCUUCAAAAGUACCGUUAGUUAACUACUUAUGCGAUAGGACAGGAUAGAAUAGAACGGUGUAGUUUAAAACAUUGCUAAAUGCUGCCAUUUCUACCAUAUUCUGAAACUGCAGUUUGCAUUGGCCUCAAUUCAGAGGGGGUUAAACAAAAAUUUCAUCUGUCAUCUUCAAUCUAAGCACCUGCUGUUUAAUCAAUUCUGGCCACUUAUAUGAUUAGCUUAUUGAUUUAUCAUCAUUUGUUCAGCAAACGUUCGAUCUCAUCCACUUACUACGUCGUGUGACACACUUUAGAACAAGAACGCAAUUUGUCAUUGCAAUUUCGGUUUUCUAGGUCAUGACGUUUUUCUUAAUGAUGGAUACAAAAUAGGGUCAAACUGCGAUGUGCGUUUGUUUGAAUGUAGAAUUGGCCAUGUAAACAGUUUCCAGAUCUCGAAAAUGACGAACUGUAAUAAAUAAAUCA